AUGAACUGUAGGCUCGUUGGUCGACAUAUAAACAUCCAGUUUGUCAGAAAACUACUGCCUUUAUCGAUAAAUCCAAAGGCAAAUAGUAUUUUUCUGUUCACACUUCAAGGACUUGAUUGUGUUUAUUUGCAUCCACCUUGUCGCUGGCUUUCGACGCAGCUGCUCAAAAAACAUCCGAUUGGAUAUGGCCGACCUCGACAACGAGUUCUGUCGUCAUCGCAUUCUUUCCGGUCCAGUAAACGACCUCCAGUAAGAAUAAUUGCAUACUCCAAAGGAGUUGAUAAAUCCAAGGCUUCUUCAGCUUCCAGUACAGAUGUAUCUGCUCAGGUUGAACCACUGCUUUAUUUACCCAACCCAAAUGAUCAAAAUGAUGGCAAUGUACUUGUCAAUCAAGAUUCAUUUAAUACUUGGAUCUCUGACCUUCCAUUAUCUCAGAAUCAACAACCGGAUGAUCAAUAUGAUCUUAAAACUGCAUGGGAAACUCAUGGAUCGCCAAGUACUCUACAUACCACACCCGACGUUUCGCUAAAAAACUCGCAAUUGACUGAUUGGUCUAAAAUAGAUAUCAGCGAGCAGUUCAAGCUACUUUUGAAUCUGCUCGAAGCCCAUAUAAACUCACCAUCAGAGCAUAUCCCUGAUUUUGAUGUUUUGCAUGAGAGGACUCAUGGCGAGUUCUCAUUGUUCACACCAUUGGAAUCACAAUCUACAACCAACCAUGUCUUAUCUCCUGAUUAUCAUUCAACAAACACGUCUGAUUCUACAAGUGAGCUGCAAUCUAGUAUGGCUCAAGAUCCAUGGAUUUUGUACAAAUCACUAACGCUCGAUUUCAAUGCAUUGCAAUGUGUUCCAAGAAAACUAUUCACAAUGUUGCUUCGCUAUGCAGCACACACAAAACAAACACCGGGAGCAUGUAUGGAUCAUAUCAAUGCGUUGAUGCAGGAUAUGGGUCAGUGUAAUAUUGUUCCAACCGAGUCUGAAUGGAGACUGGUUAUUUGGGCUUACAUCAAGUCUGAAUCACUGAGUCACGUUGAAACAAUUAUCCAGCAGAGUAAUGGAUGGUGUUUACUUUUUGAUCAUAUUGACCAUGCUAGAUUGACUGGUGCAUUGGAUGAAAAAAUGCAAGUAGAAUCCUAUGCAUUAUCAUCGCGGGCUCAGUUUUUUAGAAUUCUUGCACAGGCAUUGGUAUCUAUUGGCGCAACGAGUCAAGUGCAGAUGCUGGUGGAUGCACUUUGCGAUGCAAAAGACUUUACUCAAGUCUCGGGAUAUAAAAACAUUAAUACUGCAGAUAUGUUCGAGGCUUUGAUUGAGCUGUUUCAUCACUUGCAGAAACCAGAGUACUCCAUGGCAGCCUUGUUGGCGAUGCAAUCUGAAGGGCUGACUCCAACCGAACAGUGCUACUUGAGUAUAUUUCAGUCGCUUCUUAAAUCCAAGCAACCCGAUCAUCCCAUUUUAAACAAACACAACAGAUUGACAUUUCUUCAGAAAAAUCAAUCAGCCAUAGAUACUGCUAAACACAUAUUUGGCUUUUACUCUAGUAUUCCAAGCAAUCAACUUACACUGUCUAUUUUAUCAGCAGCUCUUGACAUUGUUCCGCACUAUCCCUCACAGGAAUUUAUAACCCGAAUAUGGUACGAUCUCGAGUCAUUUUCAGACGCACCUCAAUCACCCAUUUACUGGACUCUGUGUAGACUCUGUAUGAUGUUUCCUGUCAAAUCGGAUGGGUAUUUGCUUGCAUUUGAUAUUUUUCGAGCACUACUUGCAAGGCGCGAUUUGAUUCCUGAUCCUCUUGAUGCCAGCGUUCAUGAGCAGUUUAUAAAUAUGUACAUGGAGUUUCAAUUAAUGCCACUUUUUACUCAGCACCUGAUGAUGCUAAGACGACUCAAGAUACGUAUUGGAUAUGAUAUGUGUAUACGAAUGCACAGGCAUAUUUCAUCGCAGCAUCAUCGAUUUUAUCUAAGAGUGUAUAUGCGGGAAGUGGGAUGGCCCAGUCCUCCUAGACAAUUUAAAUAA